GCUAAUUAUCUAUUUGUGUGAAGUUGUCACGAACAGUCCUGGCUGGGCAGCUCAGUUGGAGCAUCUUUCCAGGACACCAAGGUUGUGGAUUUGACCCAGGUCAGGGCACAUACAAGGAGCAACCAGUCAACGCAUCAGUGAAUGGAACUACAAAUCUCUCUCCCCUCCCCAUCCCCACUCCUCCCUCUCCAUCUCCCUCUCUCUGUUCCUCUUUCUCCAUAAAAAAAUCAGUAAGUUAAAAAAAUUGUCACUAACAUUGUAGACAGUCAAAGAAGAAAGAUAUUAAAGCCUGAGGACUCAAUGUAUUUUUCUUCGAUGAGGCAAUAAGGGAUGUAGCACUCUGGAGGAGAGAAUCCAAGGCCGUAAAGAAAUGACACAUUUCCUGUGGUUUUAAAGUUACCCAUUUUAUCCCCAUUUUACACCACAGGAACCUGAACCUCAGCCAAGUUGUCGUUUCUCCGAGCCAAGAAAAAUUGUAGGUGGUUGAGAAAACUCCACCAGAACCCAGAAAAGGCAAAGAAAGAGAAGCAGAGUGGUGAAUGAAUUUGGAGGGUGGAGUGCCACCGCCAGAAAGGGCUGAGAAGCAUCCCCUUGCCUCCCCUCUCACGUUUGCCCUUCCAGGGAAUAAGUGACUCAUCGGACUAGGCAGACCUGACUGGUGGGGUGGGGAACGGCCGGGACUGAUGCACCUCAUUCCCUACAUGUAACCCUAGAGAGCGAGAGAAGCCCCACUCCCUUCACCCCCAACCCAUAACCUACAUGAGAACCCCCAGGGCAGAACUUUUCAAGAAGGUGAGGAAGGAACUGAAUUGCACCCUGAGCAACCUGCCGUGGAUCCUGGUGAUGUUUUACUAUGUGGUACAAAGGGAGCCCACCCAGCCCUUAUUCCCAAGGAGCAUGAUUCAGAGCUGAAACCUACUCUUUUCUCAGGAGGAAAAGAGGCUGGUAGCUUGGCAGAGAGCCCGGAUGCAGCUCAACUCUGGUAGAGCACACCACCUGGAAACCUUCAAAGACAUGCAGAGAAACUCAGAACCACUAAAACAAGUGAACUCCCAAAUCUUGAUUGGAGCCCCUCCCGGCGAAAAAAAACUGCUGACCAUAGGCAUCUCUGCAGUGCCCCCUCUCCAGGGGAGCAACCUCGUGAGCACCCUGCAGUCCCUCUUCUCCGCCUCCUCCUCGUUGGAGAGGAAACACUUCACCGUUUUGCUCCAUGUUGCAGGCCCCGACCCCAAGGGCUCUGGGUGGCUUGCUCAGAUGACCGACAACCUCUCGGCCCUGUUUAAACCUCACGUCCAGGCCAGAGAGCUUGUAGUGAUCACCACUCCACCUACAAGCAGCCUGCCCUUGAAGGACCUGAAGAAGACCGUUGGCGAUCCUCCUGCCCACAUAGCCUUCCACUCCAGGCAGAACAGGGACUACGCCUUCCUCAUGAACUUUGCCACCCAGCGCUCUGACUAUUUCCUGAUGGUCGAAGAUGGCGUGAACUGUGCCCCCGGAUUUGUGACCCAGAUAGCCACCGCAGUGUCUGCCUGGGCACACCGGCCCUGGGUGACUCUGGAGUUCUCCCAGCUGGGCCUCACUGGGAAGCUCUUCCACGCUGGAGACCUGCCCCGCAUCGCCCACUUCCUUCUCCUCUUCCACCAGGAAAUGCCCUGUGCCCAGCUCCUCUCCCAUUUUCAGGGCCUCGUGCAGAGCACGCCAGUGCAGUUCCUGCCCUCCCUCUUCCAGCGCUCGGGCAGCCCCUCCUACUUUGAGGAGGACAACGUCGGCUCUCCCAGCAACCCAGCUGCCUCCAUCCACACCAGCCUGGAGGCUGCCAACAACUCUGUUCCCUCAAGCGCCUACAGCCUGGAUGAGAACGUCUUUUACGCCAAGUCGGUGGAGGCUGGCAGCCACCUGACUGUGGUUCUGGACACACCUGCCCAAGUGUUCCGAGUUCAAGUGCAGACUGGCUCCAACCUGAGAGAUGAGAAUCGGCUGAAAGAGGGAUAUGUGGAACUGGGCUAUGACUCCAGCAACAGGGUCAGCGACUGCGAUGACUACGUCCUGCUGGGGCCCCUGGUGGCCGGCAGCCUGGACAAGCGGGUGCUGUCACACAGGGCUGGGAGGAAGGUGAAGUGUGUGCGUGUGCUUGUGACAGACCGCAUGCCCUCCGCAGUGGUGCUCAGGCACAUUCGCCUGUGGGCCGAGUGAAGUUUGUGUCUCAGGUGGAGGGGCCACCGGGAGCUCUGGGACAGGCCAGGUUGGAGGUUAGUCUGCAGAGCUUAAAAUCCAAAACAUUACUAUGUUGAAAUCCGUGGGGUGCCUUUCACUGUUGGGCCCUUUCGGGACUGCUGGUCUAGAAGACACAGCAUGUUGAAAGGAGGUGACAUGCUCUUGGUCCCAGAGGCACGGGGGGGGCUCAUUAAACCCCUCCUGGGUCCCUCUGCUGAAAGCCCCCCAUUCAGAAUUCUCGCUUGGGGCAGGAACAGUGGGUGGGACUGACUGGCGCUCAUGUCCUGAGGCUCUAGAUGGACACGAGAGAAGAUGGGGAGGCCUGUUUCUCCACCAGCACCAAGCGGACGCACUGGAGGCUGAACGUCCAGUGUGGCAGCAGGGAAACAGGCCUGUGUCCCCCGGAGUGGCCUCUGCACCCAAGACAGUCGUUUCAUGACACUGCCUCCUUCACAUCGGGCAGAGUCCUCUUGUCCGUGACCACCCGGCAUGUCAGGUGCUCCUUUCUAAAUAGCCUCAGAAUCACUGAAAAUCAUUCACUGUUUCUGGUGGCUCCUGUGUCCAACACAGUCUUAUCUCAGGGACUAUGCUCCUGACGGGGAAAACUUUGGAUGCUUUACUUUUUCAGCUCAGUUUGGCUAUGAAGAUUGUGAGAGUCCCAGAAGACAUUUGAGCCCUGAUGUGCAGCUAACGUGCAGCAUCUGGGUGUUGCUAGCUGGAGAAGUGCGACCCUCCCUGGCAGGGAGGGAAGCAAGCAAAGGAGAGCUUUAAGAUGGACGUCAGGGAAGAGCUCCAAUCGGAAGCCGGGCACUGUGUCCACAUGAGCUGUCAUCAGAGUGGACACAUGGGCUGGAGUGUCUGGAAACAGGGCAGCGAGAGAGAGAUGAGGGGCAGUGGGGAUACACAGUAGGGUGGCAGGGAGCAGCUCUGGGAGCACCAGGCAGUAGGCCAUCCGGUAAGUCACAAGCCCUGGCCCCAUCCCUGAACCUAAGCCAAUUUUCACGUCCACAUGUGCUGAUGGAGGAGGUGGGCAGGUCCCUGGAAGGAGACCCUGAGACACAUGGGCCUUGUGAGACCCCCCCAGACAUACUCCCGAAAGGCACCUGCAGCUGCACAACAGGGAGAGGGAGACCCCCGGACAUGUGGGGAACCCGGAAUCCAUUUAGGAAUGUAGGUUUGGGUCACACCAUCAGGGAAGCCACCAAGCUCUCUGAGGUGAUGGCUGAGGUUUGCAAGGGUGGGCCUAUUCCAAGGGCACCAGGACUGUCCCCGCUGGCCUGUCUGAAGCUUUCUUGAGGCUGUGCCGAUGUGCACGGUGCCCUCUGCACAGCCCCGCCCUCCUGAUUCCCAUGGGUCAAACCUGCAGGUCGACCUCAAAGGCUAUGUGGCACCACCACCCCCUCCAAUAAUUCCCUGCACCCGGGCCUCAUCUUGGUGUGGGACCCAGAGUGGACUCAGCCAGGCCACGCUGCUCCAUUUUCUACAAACCAGGAGAAGGCACACCCUCCUAUGGUGGGUGGCUCCCAAGGUGAGCCUGCACCAGGGCUUCCAGUGGUGGAUUUAGUUCCCACCAGUCCCCUGGGCGAGACGCAGCUGCACACGCACAGAGGUGCGGCUCACAGGUGGGCUGGGUUUCCUUUUUGAUUUUUUAAGUUGAUUUUAGAGAGAGGAAGGGAGAGAAACGGCGACCUGUUGUUCCACUAUUGAUUCAUUUGUUGGUUGCCUCUUUUAAAAAACAAAUUUUAUUUUUAGAGAGGGGGAAGGGAAGGAGAAAGAGUGGGAAGGAAAUAUCAAUGUGCGGUUGCCUCUCACGUGUCCCCUACUGGGGACCUGGCCUGCAACCUAGGCAUGUGCCCUGACUGGGAAUCAAACCACAACCCUUUGCUUCACAGGCCCGUGCUCAAUCCACUGAGCUACACCAGCAAGGACUGUUGGUAGCCUCUUGUACCAGGUAUCAAACCCACAACCUUGGUGUAUCAGGACUAUAUUCUAACCAACUCAGCCACCCAAACAAGGCUGGGGUAGAGUCCAGAUAAAAAACUGGGCCACUCCACCAACUCUAUUUUAAACAAAAUAAGCAGAUCCCGGUGGUUUAGAGAGAGGGUUAGGCUUCAUUUCACCAGAGGUGACCCCCUGCUCUUCCUGCCUGAUGCAGCUGGUACCCCGCCCUGCUGCAGGUGUGCCAAAGGGCACAGGUGAAGCAUGAGCCAAAGUGCAGGCUCAGGUCCACGUGGGGCACAGUGCAGCUCCCCAAAAAUGAGAAUUGUAGAUUUACAGGAAAAGACAGGCGCUCAUUGUCAAGGAUGCCUGGCCGCAGGGCCACACCAGCAGGAGGGUGGUGAGCUUAGCGUAGCUGAGAUGGCCACUCCUUUCAGGCCAGCGGGGACAAUGCUUCCAAGGACGUGAUGGCAGACCGUCAGAAGCCAGACCUGCUCAGAUUCAAGGGCUCAUCUGGAAGGGAAGCCAGAGAGUCAAGACUGGGAUGAGGUGGGAAAAGGGUGACUCUGGUUUAAAAGAUUGUAAUCAUACAAAACGCUCUCUAACCACAAAUGAAUAAAAGUAAAAUAAUUUUGUAUCUAGAAAACCCACAAACGUUUGGAAAUUAAGCAGCAUUUUUUUACGCACUGUAUUUAUUUUUUCUAUAUUUUAUUGAUUAUGCAUUACAGUUGUCCCAUUUCCCCUUCAUUCCCCUCCACCCUGCACACCCCUCCCCCACCAUCCCCCCUUUAGUUUAUGUCCACGUGUCUCAAGUUUAGAUUCUAUAUUUUCCAUACUAUUCUUGCCCUCCCCGUCUAUUUUCUACCUACCGUCUAUGCUACUUAUUCUCUGUACCUUCUCCCCCCUUCUCCUCCUCCUACUCCCGUUGCUAACCCUCCAUGUGAUCUCCAUUUCUAUGGUUCCACUCCUGAUCUAGCUGUCCUCUUAGUUUGCUUUUGUUUUAGGUGUGGUUGUUAAUAACUGUGAGUUUGCUCAUAGUUUAUAUUUUUUAUCUUUUUCUUAGACA